AUGGCACUUCAGUAUCUUCAAUCUUUAGAAGAGAACAUUAUCAGUCCUCCAUCAAGCAGUACGCCUGUUUACAAGGACGACUGUAUGUUCUCCUUUGAGACGCCGCUCGACAAGAAUGGUCUGGAUAUCUGUAUGCAUUGUUUUCAAGCGUUUUCGAGAGACGGACAUGAUUACACCCGCCAGCACGCGCAAUUCUUCAACCAUUCGAUCUAUUUAAACUAUAAAAAGUCUCCGAAGAAGCAGCCAGAACGGGACUCGGAACAGCCCUUAAAGAUGGUCAAAUUGGAGAUCAAAGAGCAAACAGAUGACGAGCUAUUUGAAGCCAGGACCCAGAUCUAUUGCGCCGAAAUUGACCAGUCUGUGGACUACCCCAGUGAAGGAAUUCCCGCCCAUAUUGCCAAUUGUGCCGCUGCCAUUCUAAAAGCGACCUCUAGCGAUAAAAAGCAGGAAAUUAAGGCCUGGGAGCAGGAGAUUGUCCCCUGUCCACACGCUUUCGACAUCGAACAAAAGCCACUUGCACAACUCGAUACGAGCCAGUGCGCUCAAUGUGGAUUGAAGGAAAACCUAUGGAUUUGUGUCACGUGUGGGUCUAUCGGGUGUGGUCGGGCUCAAUUCGGCGGCGUUGCUGGAAACUCCCACGCAUUGAAGCAUCAUGAAUCGUUCCCAGAUCACCACAUUGCGGUCAAACUUGGGUCUUUAUCACUAAACUCUGCGGAUUCGUAUUGCUACACUUGCAAUGAUGAGGUCAAAGUUCCGGACCUUGUCAGGCUUCUUGCUACCUUUGGCAUCGACAUUUCUCAAACCGUCAAGACAGAAAAAACACUUACAGAGCUGCAAAUUGAGCAGAAUAUCAAAUGGGAUUUCAACAUGUCUGACGAGAGUGGAGGCGUGCUCACUCCUGUGUUUGGAAAAGGGCUUACUGGUAUCAAGAAUUUGGGGAACUCGUGUUAUCUCUCGUCUGUCUUGCAGGUGCUAUUUUCCGUUCGUGACUUUUCGUCAGCCUUUUAUAUAGAGGAGGGAAUGCCGGUGGAAAAGAUUCUCAAUCCAGGUGAUCCAUCCACGGACUUGGAAACUCAGCUAUUCAAACUAGGAGACGGGCUGCUCUCAGGCAGAUACUCGGUCCCGGAUGAGCUGACGACUGAGAAGGUCAAGUUUCAGCGUGGGAUCAAGCCACAGGGGUUCAAGUCACUGAUUGGUGAAGGCCAUCCGGAGUUCUGCACCAUGCAACAGCAGGAUGCGUUUGAGUUCUUGCUUUAUUUAUUGGACAAAAUCGAAAAUCAGAAAUUGAAUGGAGUCUCUUCAACCGGUCCUACCCAGGCAUUUGAUUUUGUCUUAGAGAACAAGAUUAAAUGUCAGGGAUGUGGUGGUGUGAGGCUCGCCAAGGAGCUUACCAACAAUAUUCGUUUGCCUGUGCAGGACAAGGUUUUACGUGUUGGUGAUGACGGGAAGAAGGUGUAUAGUGAAGUGCGUUUGGAAGACUGUCUUUUGGAACUCGGCACAUCCGAAACAAUUGAGUACGAGUGUCCAAAAUGCCAAAAACUCCAGUCAGCCUCCAAAAAGCAAGGACUCACCUCGUUUCCCGAGUAUCUGAUUUUGUCUCCUCAAAGAAUAAAACUGGAGAAUUGGGUGCCUAUAAAAUUAGACGUCCCUAUCAAAUUUGAGGAGGUUAUAGACCUUUCAAAAUACAAAUCAACUGGCCUGCAAACAGACGAGGAACUGCUCCCCGAAGAUGACGUUUCCUCCUCGUUUUCGUUUAACCAGGACGCAAUGAACGCUCUGUUGGCCAUGGGCUUCCCUGAGAACAGGUGCAAGAGAGCUCUUUACACCACAGGAAAUAGCGACGCAGACACAGCAAUGAACUGGAUUUUUGAACACAUGGAGGAUCCAGACAUCGACGAUGCCUUUGAGCCCGCUCCAGCACCCGGUCCAAAGGUUUCGGAGCAGGAGGUGGAAUCGCUCACAUCCAUGGGAUUCGACGCAAAACUGGCAAACAAAGCUUUGGUGUUGAACAAAGGCAACAUUGAGCAGGCCGUUGAGUGGCUUUUUGCCAAUCCCGACGACGAUGGUGAUAUCAGUCAGGACGUUGCUAGUUCGCCACAGGAGCGAAUUAAACAAAUGGAGUCCAAUGCUGCACGUAGCACAAAGUAUAUUCUUAGGGGUGUCAUCUGUCACAAGGGAGUUACGAUUCACUCUGGCCACUAUGUUGCCUUUCUGAAGAAACAAAUUGAGGGUCAGGAGAAUUGGGUGCUAUUUAAUGACGAAAAGGUUGUUAUUGCCAAUGAGGAGAGCAUCAAGGAAAUAGAGAAAACGGGUUACAUCUACGUGUUUGAGAACUCGGAACUUUGA